AUGAUUACACUUCAAAUUUUGACUAGCAAUGAAGAUGAUGAUGAUGAUGAUGAUGAUGAUGAUGAUGAUGAUGAUGAUGAUGAUGAUGAUGAUGAUGAUGAUGAUGAUGAUGAUGAUGAUGAUGAUGAUGAUGAUGAUGAUGAUGAUGAUGAUGAUGAUGAUGAUGAUGAUGAUGAUGAUGAUGAUGAUGAUGAUGAUGAUGAUGAUGAUGAUGAUGAUGAUGAUGAUGAUGAUGAUGAUGAUGAUGAUGAUGAUGAUGAUGAUGAUGAUGAUGAUGAUGAUGAUGAUGAUGAUGAUGAUGAUGAUGAUGAUGAUGAUGAUGAUGAUGAUGAUGAUGAUGAUGAUGAUGAUGAUGAUGAUGAUGAUGAUGAUGAUGAUGAUGAUGAUGAUGAUGAUGAUGAUGAUGAUGAUGAUGAUGAUGAUGAUGAUGAUGAUGAUGAUGAUGAUGAUGAUGAUGAUGAUGAUGAUGAUGAUGAUGAUGAUGAUGAUAAACGUCAACUUAAUUAA